AUGGGUUCCAUUGUUACCGCCGAGAAACCGACAAUCUUCCUGGUCCCUGGUGCUUGGCACGAACCAGACUGCUGGGACGCCGUUACUUUACAGCUAGAGGAGUACGGAUAUCCUUUCAGCACAGUCCAGCUGCUUUCCUCAGGGGGAGAAUCCAGCACCUCAGUGGCAGAAGAUGCAUCACACAUUCAGAAGUCGAUAUCUAAACUGGCAGACGCUGGAAAAGACAUAAUCCUGGUUAUGCAUUCCUACGGCGGUAUUCCAGGCACGGAGAGCGCGAAGGGUUUAUUAAAGAAGGACCGACAAGCUGAAGGUAAACUUGGCGGAGUUAUAUCGCUAGUUUAUGUCACGGCCUUUUUGCUCCCCCCAGCGACUUCUCUAGCUUCAUUCCUUGGUUUCAUGCCCCCAUGGGUUGUGUUUGACGGUGACAAAAUGACUGUCGAAGGGGCGGAAAAUAUCUUCUAUAAUGAUCUGCCGGAGCAUCAGACCAAGGACGCAAUCGCCAAGUUGAACCACCAGGCCAAGCCUUCCUUCUACACCAACCUGACUUACCCAGCGUACCAAGAGGUUCCGGCAUCAUAUCUUCUCUGUGAGAAAGAUAAUGCCAUUCCUUUUGUUGCUCAGCAAGCCAUGGCUAGCAUCGGAGGUCCCGGCCUUACUUCUUAUGUUUGCUCUUCCAGCCACUCCCCGAUGUUGAGCAUGCCAGGCAAGGUUGUGGAAGUUAUUCGGGCAUCAGCUGGCGAGGAUAUCGUAGCUGCUUGA